AUGGCUCCAUCUGCUAAGGCUACUGCCGCUAAAAAAGCUGUCGUUAAGGGUACCAAUGGUAAGAAGGCUUUGAAGGUCAGAACCUCCGCUACCUUCAGAUUACCAAAGACCUUGAAGUUGGCUAGAGCUCCAAAAUAUGCUUCCAAGGCUGUUCCACACUACAACAGAUUGGACUCAUACAAAGUCAUUGAACAACCAAUCACUUCUGAAACUGCUAUGAAGAAGGUUGAAGAUGGUAACAUUUUGGUUUUCCAAGUUUCCAUGAAAGCUAACAAAUACCAAAUCAAGAAGGCCGUCAAGGAAUUAUAUGAAGUUGAUGUAUUGAACGUUAACACUUUGGUUAGACCAAACGGUACCAAGAAGGCUUACGUUAGAUUAACUGCUGACUACGAUGCUUUGGACAUUGCUAACAGAAUCGGUUACAUUUAA